GUGCGUUGACUCUCCCCGGCCGACGGAGCCUCUCAGGCGGGAUGAAGCCUGCAGCGACCCGGCGGAAGCACCGCUGAUCCACCGGGCAGCCGGUGCGCGUGUGUCCGGUGUGCCGGUGAAGAUGUCUGUCUCCGGGAUGAAGAAGCAGCUGCACAAAGCCAGCCAGCUGCUGAAUGAGAGGCUGAUGGGAGCUGAAGGAACCAAGUUAGAUGAUGACUUCCUGCAGAUGGAGAAGCGUGUCGCAGUGAUACAGAUUCUUCUGGUGGAGCUGCUGUCAAAAACCACAGAGUUCCUCCAGCCGAACCCAGCGUACAGAGCCAAACUGAGCAUGCUCAACACAAUGUCCCGGAUCCGAGGGCAGGGGAAGUUGCUAGGCUACCCGCAGACAGAGGGCACGCUGGGAGAGUGCAUGGCGCACUACGGCCAGGAGCUGGGACACACCUCUGAAUUUGGCGGUGCUCUGGCCAAUGCGGGUGAAGCUCUGCAGGAAGUCGCUCAAGCCCGAGACGCUCUGGACGUCAACGUGAAACGCACCUUCAUCGACCCCCUGCAGGACCUUCAUAACACAGAGAUGAAGGAGAUCAGGUACCAGCUGAAGAAGGUGAACGGUCGUCGGCUUGACUUCGACUACAAGAGGAGACGAAAAGGCAAAGUCCCGGUGGAGGACGUCCGACAGGCCUUAGACAAGUUCAUGAGCUCCAAGGAGCUGGCGGAGAGGAGCAUGUUCAUCCUGCUGCAGAACGACGUGGAUCAGCUCAGUCAUGUUGCAUCUUUGGUCAACACACUGCUGGACUUUCACCGCAACGCCCACCGCAUCCUGCUGGGUCUCCAUAGCAACCUGCAGGCUAGGCUGACUGCUGCCAGUAACAAACCAGAGCGACGGUUUCGCCCCAGAAAGAUCCAAGUCAGAAGUGAACACAACGGCAGCAUCGGAUUUUACCACCAGCCGUCAAUCACACCCACAGGAGAGCAGUUCACAGUGUUACCGUCCAGACCCGGCAGCCCCAUCUCCUGUUAUGCUGACAGUAAACUGGUCCUGGAUCAGCCCUGUUGCCGGGCGGUCUACUCCUUCCACUCGGACCACACGGGCGAGCUGAACUUCAACGAGGGCGACCUCAUCCUCCUCACCAGGCUGGUCGACGCCAACUGGUACGAGGGCACGCUCGGCGGCAAGUCGGGAUUGUUCCCCGUCAACUACGUGGAUGUGGUGGUGCCUCUGCCGUUACUGUGA